UCGAUGUCCGGGACGGCGAGCGUGAUCCCAUUACAACGAAGGCUGCGGUCUGCCAGUCGCGCAGCGAACGUCGCACGAGGAUGGAGCGUUGGGUCGGGAAGAUCGCCGUGGUCACGGGAGCCAGCGCCGGAAUCGGCGCAGCGAUUGCGCGAAGUCUCGCCCGACAAGGUAUGACUGUGGCGGGCUUCGCCAGGAGAGUGGAGAACAUGAAGGAGAUUGCCGACAGCUUAGAGGACUCCUCGGGGAAGCUUUACCCCGUCGAAUGCGACGUUACUAAGGAGGAGAGUGUGAUCGCAGCUUUCGCAUGGGUGAAGGAUAAUCUCGGGCCGGUGAACGUCCUCGUGAACAGCGCCGGCAUCACCAAAGAGUCUUCACUCGCUGACGGCUCCCUGGAGGAAUGGCGGUCUGUGUUCGACGUGAACGUUCUGGGACUCUGUCUGUGCACGCGCGAGGCGGUGCGUGCGAUGCGAGAGACGGGCGAGGACUCGCUCGUGAUUCACGUGAACAGUCUGGCCGGCGAGAGAAUACCCUUCGUGCCGGGAUUCAGCGCAUAUCCUGCGUCGAAGCGCGCCGUCACCGGCCUCGCGCAGUCCUUGCGGCACGAGCUGGCAGGCACGCGCAUUCGCGUCACGAGCAUCAGUCCCGGCUUGGUCGCGACGGAGUUCAUGGCCUCCUACAGCAUGUUCUCCGAGGAAGCGAUGAUGGCGAUGCCGACGUUGAAUCCGGAUGAUGUCGCAGCAGCAGCGAUUUAUGUGCUGUCCAAUCCUUCUCACGUUCUGAUACAGGACAUCGUGCUGAGACCCUUGGGUGAAUCCUGGUAAUCGAAAUUCGAG